CUGUGUCGACAUUACGGUCUGACUCUGGUUUUCCACCUGAACCUGUCUUGUUUUUUCCCUCUGUCUUCACCCCUGUGUUUCUGUGCUAUCUCAGUUUCUCUUCUGUCUUCCUGCCCCUCUUGUUGGUGUGCUUCCCUCUCACUGUGCUCCGGAUUGUUCUUCCUACCCCCCUCGGUCAUUCUCUCCACCCUGUGUUUGUUUUGUCACUGGGGCCUGUAGAAUGACUUGCAGGACAGUGAAACCACACUGUCAUGGGGUGUCAAGGGAUAAGGUAAACACCAGCAAGAGGCUGUGAGGUGGAACAGACUGAUCCCUUUCGGCCUGCUGGCAUCGCACAGCAAGAACCUCGGACUGGCCCAACAGUGAAUCUUGAGCAUCUCCUCCCUUAUUCUGUCUAAGGGAUGGCAGCCCUCCCUGUACAUAACUGGUGGGGAGCCAGGGCAAGAAAGAAAAAAGGACAGCAGAGACAGUAUGGAAGGAGGUGGAGACACUCCUUGUGACUUGGAGCCCCCUUCUACUGGUGGCUGUGACUUUGGAGGAAGGCUCAUGCAGUACAGCACUCUGCGGGAGACAAGCUGUGUGUGAUCCCAGCUUGCAUAAGCAGUAGGGACAAGAAGCGGAAAAAGAAGAGUAAGGGAGGUCCGGUGCCAUAGAACAGCUGGCAUCCUAAACUGAAUGACCAAAAAAUAGACCCGAACCGAAGACUGCUGAAAUAAAUAAGCCUUGAAGAAGUUGGACUGUAAGACAGAGCUUUCACCCAAGGAAGCUGAUGCCUGGUUCAUCUUUACCUUGUGUCAUUCCAGUAACCCUCCCUUCGAGCAGCUGCUCUCUGAUGAUGUUUAGCAGUGAGGUGUUUGUACUACAUUAGGAAAUUUGCUAUCCUAAUGUGAAACCGAUUCAGGGCCUGGACUUGAAACCUUUGCACAUGGAAACAUUUAGACCUACCACAAGUGAUCUUCUCCCACAAGUAAUGGGAAAGUUUCCAAAGGGCUCGUGCUCACAUCUGUGGGAGAGGGAGCAACUGAGGAUGCCAUAUGACUUGGUACCUGCUGAAGGAAAAAUAUCGGCCUGAAUGUCCAAUUGCUCUGUUAGUGACAAUCUUUUACAUUUUCUUCAGCUUCCUACAGAAAGCAAGGUGAACCAAAAUAUCAUGCAUACUUCUGGAGUGGAGCAGGUACCUCAGCCUUGAAGGGAUCCUUUUCAUUUCGAAUCUGUGUCUUCUCCUAAGUAAUUGAUCACUCUGCACCCGGGGACACCCAAUUCACAGCGGAGCAGGAUCAGGCUUCAUGAAUAAUCAAAAUGUUGUGGCCACGCUGCUGCAGGAGUGCAAGCAAGCUCUGGACGCGCUCCUGUCGGCAAAGUCUGACGCAUGUGAGGAAGAUGAGCGAGAAUACCAGCGGUGCGAAGCUUUGCUUCCCGACGAGCUGAGGACCCUCCUCGAGGAGGCAAAGGCAAUGAAGUGGCCCUUUGUGCCGGAGAAGUGGCAAUACAAGCAAGACGUUGGCCCAGAAGACAAAACAAACCUGCAAGAUGUGAUCAGCGCGAGGCUCCCUGAUUUGCUGGUUUAUUUGAAAGCCUCCAUCAUGGUCAAGGACUGUGUAACAGCAGCUGCUAUUGUGUUUCUGAUUGACCGCUUCCUAUAUUGGAUUGAUGCCUCAAGCAAACUUCUUCAGAUUGCCAAAGGUCUGCACAAGUUGCAGCCGGCGACGCCGCUGGGCCCUCAGGUGGUCAUCCGCCAGGCUCGCCUCUCUGUGAACGCAGGUAAACUUUUAAAAGCUGAAUAUAUCUUAAGCAGCCUUAUUAAUGACAAUGGAGCAACAGGUACAUGGCGAUAUGCUAAGGAAAGUGAUAGGACUCUUGUUCAGUCAGUCUGUUUGCAAAUCAGAGGGCAGAUUCUGCAAAAGCUGGGGAUGUGGUAUGAGGCAGCAGAGUUGAUCUGGGCUUCAGUUGUUGGUUAUUUCAAGCUUCCUCAACCAGAUAAAAAGGGAAUUGCUACUUCCUUGGGUAUUUUGGCAGAUAUCUUUGCUUCUAUGAAUGAGAAAGAUUAUGUCCGUUUUAAAACCAGUGCUGAGAUUGACCUGCGCCUUCUGGGAGAGUUCAGUCAUCGCUUAUUAUCAGCUGCAGAGGCCUGCAAGCUAGCAGCAGCCUACAGCCAAUAUACCCCACUGUUUGUGCUCACAGCAGUGAACAUCCGUGGAACAUGUUUGCUGUCCUACAGUCACUCCGAGGACUGUCCGCCAGAGCGGAGAAGGUUCUACUUGUCUGAAGCAAAGGAAUCCUUUGAGAUUGGCCUCCUCACCAAGAAUGAAAGCAGUCCUGUCACCAGCAAGCAGGAGCUCCAUAGUUUUAUUAAAGCUGCUUUCUGCCUCACGACAGUGCAUCGAUGGCUCUAUGGGGAGAGCGAGAAGCUCCGUGAGGUCAGUCAGCUAUGUAAAGAAGCCAUGGGAAAACUGCAUGCUUACAGCACUUCAUUUACUGAAGGCGAAGACAAAGGAGUGCUUGCCAAAGAGAUCAUGUCUCUGAUCACAUCUGUUAAGAAGGGCUUGCAAGUGGAAAGCUUCCCUAAUUCUGAUGCCAGGUCUUACGUUCCAGAUAGUUACAAAGGUGCAGUGGAAAAACCUAUUCUUCAAGGGGAGGCAAACUUUGAGAAAAUCCUUGCAGCGCAUUCACAGCAUCAUCUGUCAGUGUGUGAAGUGUUUGAAAAUACUUGCAGGAUUCAUAAAACCACACCAGGAGAAGCCAGAAUGGGAGCUUGUAUCACAACGUUAAAAACAGAAACAAAAAACAUAGAUACUGUGUGUAUCACUGAAGAAACUGUGUGUAAGGGGAAAGACACCGCCAAAAGAGGUACUGCAUCAGAAGCCAGAAGUAGCUCAGAGAGACUCAAUGGCCAAACAAGAAAUAAACACGUUGUUUCUGAUGCGACAAAAAGCUCCUUUGAGGAGACUGAACCAUUUGAAAGAGUGGUGAAUGGUGAAAACAGUGUAUUCAGCAGAUGGGAAAACAGGAGUCAAACUACUCCUUCAGAGAGCUCUUGGUGCAAGCUGUCAAAAUCAAGUUACUCCUCCAGCUGGGAGGAAGUAAACUGCAGUGGCAGCGAAGAGCCCCCCAGGGAAGGGCAGCAGCAGCGAAAGGGCUCAGCCGGGGAGCAGUGUUGCACGACAGAAUCUGAGGAAAACGCUCCAGCCGGUGGCUCGCGCUCAUCGUGUCCCGGAGCUCGGCACCCUUCUCCUCGAGAGCCUCCGCAGAGCUGUUUGGGGUCUGCUCAGCCUUCCGUGGAGGCAGAGGCGCCCCUGGGUGGGAGGCUGGUGGAGAAGUCCUCUGUUCGCGGGGAGCAGCUGUCGGCGGGGCGGCACGCUGGGAAGAGCGCUUCAGGCAGGACCGCGAGGGAGGCGGGCGGUACGGGCUUGGCGAGUAAGGCGGGUCCUUCCCUCCCCAGGCCUUGCCCUGGCCCUGCCGGGCCGGGGAGGGAGGCGGCCUCUUCCUCCUCCUCCUCCUCCUCCUCCUCCUCCUGGGAGGGGCUGGAGCCGCGGGGCGGGCCCGGCUGCAGCACCGCGGACAGCGGCCGCGGGGGGGGCGCCGCGGGCCGGGGGGGCGCCCGGGCCGGCGCCGGGGCGGAGACCGCGGGCAGCACGGAGGAGGCGCCAGGCGAGGCGCGGCGCCACGCAAGUGGGGUCGCUUCUGCGACGGCCGCCGGCGUCAAGCCAGGCGCCCGCGGCUCCUCCGUGCCAGACUGGCUGAGGAGAUCUGCGGCAGCGGUGGGAAGCGGGUCGCUCAAAAUGCCCGAAGUUGACCCCCAAGCAGAGACCGUAAAUGACACUGACUUCGAUUUCAUAAAUACCGGUAGCUUAACAUACCGUUACGCUACGGAAACCGUUCCAAAGCAUCAGCCCGCUCCCAGCAUGCAAACGACUUCACCCUCAGUGGGACAGAUGUCCGUAACUGACCACUUUGACUGUGCUACUACUGAGGAAGAUGAAGAGAAGUCUCAGAAUAUGGUGGACAGGACGCAAGGGUCCGGCUCACCUCUGAGUCCGUGGCACAAACCAGCCCAGAUGUCCCGGAGUUCCCCUGAGAGUGUACAUCCAUUUCUGAACCCAAGGGGAAGCGGUUUCGUCUUCGUGCCUGGGAGAAUCAAGGAAGAAGUCCCCGAUGCUCGGUUUCUGAAGGAUGAUGAUUACUCAAGGCUUCUGUCGGGGGUAGGGCACAGCUGGCUUGUCCAGAGACUGUUGCCUACAGGAAUUUUUAAGGCUAAACAGCUUCAGAAAGCAUACUCUGCACUCCUUUUGAAAUACUCAAAGAAAUCAGGCCUCUGGACAGGCCAGGAAACAGCUGUAUUUAUCGGGGACUACCUGAACGUGGCAAAGGAAGGCAAGCAGAGAAGUGCAUUUUGGAUCCACUUCCUGCAUCAAGAGGAAAGCCUGGGAAGGUACGUUGGGAAAGAAUAUAAGGAAGAAAAAGGGCUGCUUCAUCAUUUCAGUGACGUGGAACGACAAAUGACUGCCCAGUACUACGUGACGGAAUUCAACAAAAGGCUGUAUGAGCAAAAGGUCCCCACGCAAAUCUUUUACAUCCCUUCUGCAGUACUUCUGAUACUAGAAGACAGAACUAUAAAAGGCUGUGUGAGCGUGGAGCCUUACAUCCUUGGAGAGUUUGUGAAGCUGUCUAAUAACACAAAGGUAGUAAAGAACGAGUACAAAGCCACACAGUAUGGGCUGGCCUAUGGCCAUUUCUGCUAUGAGUUCUCCAAUGGGACAGAUGUUGUUGUUGAUCUGCAAGGUUGGGUGACAGGUAAUGGGAAAGGCCUCAUUUACCUCACAGACCCCCAGAUUCAUUCUCUCAAUUGCAAAGAUGUUUCACACUCCAACUUCGGGCAGAGAGGAAUUUAUUACUUCUUCAAUAAUCAACAUGUGGAGUGCAAUGAAAUCUGUCGUCGCCUUUCUUUAACAAGGCCCUCAAUAGACCCACCAGUGUAGACUCGUGCAAGACAGUCUAACAGAAAAUGACCCAUAAGACGGACAAUAUUUUAUACUGCACACAACAGAGCCACUGAGGCAAUACCCAUGUGAGUCCAGACAGUCAUUGCCUGAACAAGUUUGGAAAAGGUCUGGUCUUUGCAUCCAGGCUCAUAAUACCAUGUUACCGUCUUGUGUGCCAUCUCAAAUGUGUGUUGUUAUAGCCAUAUAUAAGAAUUAACAGAAGAGCCUAAGAGGAGUAAGACUGCAGCCUCCAAAAUUCAGAGCUUAGCAAGGGGUGCACUGCAGGACUGUAUAUGCUGCUGAUCCAUCUGCAGAUUCAAUAAGGGCAGUAGGCAUCAGCUGCUCUUUGGAAAUGGAAUAUGAAAUAGAAUGAGACAGAAGCAGAGAGUUGCAUUUCAACCAUUUUGGUUUAACUGUACUUGUAAAAUUCUCAGCAAGUGCUGAGUAAGUGCUUCAGGGAACAAAAGAUAGUAUACUGGUUUACUAAAAAAAUAAUAAAAUGUUUCUUUCA